AUGGCGAACGACGGCGAACAGCCAACCUCCGCCGACAAGGGCAAGGGCAAAGUUGACGAUGUUCGCGAGCUGAACGGCAAGAAGUCACAAAAGGACGAGAAGACACCCGUAGAUGGCAAGAAGAAGGAUGAGGGCCCACAAGAAGAUGAGCUCAGUGAAGAGGAUCAGCAGCUCAAGGAUGAGCUGGAGAUGCUCGUGGAGCGGUUAAAGGAGCCAGAUACAUCCUUGUACGGACCAGCCCUUGAUGCCAUCAAAAACUUCAUCAAGACAUCAACCUCAUCUAUGACCGCUGUUCCCAAGCCCCUGAAGUUCCUCCGACCGCACUAUGAUCAGCUCACGGAACUGUAUGAGAAGUGGGCGGCGGGCCCUGUCAAGGAUUCGCUAGCCGAUAUGCUCUCUGUUCUUGGCAUGACCUACGGCGACGAGGAGAAGCUGGAAACACUCAAAUACCGCCUCUUGGCCAAGUCCGAGGACCUUGGCUCAUGGGGACACGAAUACAUCCGCCACCUCGCGCUAGAAAUCGGACAAGAAUAUCAGAACCGGUUGAAUGCGGAGAAGGAGACACAAGAUUUAGUGGAUCUUGCACUCUCUCUGGUGCCGUAUUUCUUGAGCCACAACGCCGAGGCUGAUGCGGUCGAUUUGCUGAGCGAGAUGGAGAUCAUCGAGGAGAUCCCGCGAUUUGUCGACGAGAACACAUACCCCCGCGUGUGUCUAUACAUGGUCAGCAUGGUCAACCUGCUUACCUACCCGGAGGAUCAGCAGUUCCUGCGGACAGCACACGAAAUCUAUGUUCGCUACAACAAGCUCUCCCAAGCUAUUGUUCUUGCCAUUCGUCUGAACGAUAUCGACCUGAUUAAGAGUGACAUCAACGCCACUGAUGAUAGGGCUCUGAAGAAACAGAUGGCGUUCCUCGUCUCACGGCAACAGAUCUGGCUUGAUAUGCCCGAGGAGGAUGAGGAGGAUGAGGCCCUGAAUGACUCUCUCAACAACACAUCUAUUCCCAAGCAUUUCAAGUCUCUCGGCAAGGAACUCAACAUUCUCGAUCCAAAAAUGCCCGAGGAUAUUUACAAGACACAUUUGGAGAACAGCCGAGGGGCCGGCCUCACCAACCUCGAUUCGGCUCGGCACAACUUGGCGAGUGCGUUUGUCAAUUCGUUUGUCAAUGCAGGAUUUGGCAACGACAAGAUGAUGCUCGUCGACGGAGAGAAGGGCCCCUGGGUCUGGAAAACUAAGGAUGACGGUAUGCUCUCGACCACUGCGUCGUUGGGUAUGCUGCUGCACCGAGACGUUGAUGAUGGACUCGACAAGAUCGACAAAUUCACAUACGCGCAGGAGGACCAGGUCAAGGCCGGUGCACUUCUUGCUAUUGGUAUUCUGAACUCUGGAGUGCGCAUCGAGACCGACCCCGCUCUUGCGCUUCUGAGUGAUCCAGACAACCUCGAAGCCAAGAGCGUGCCGAUGCGUGUCGCAUCGAUCAUGGGUCUUGGUCUGGCAUACGCCGGUUCCAACAAGGAAGACCUUCUCGAGAUUCUGCUACCUAUUGUCGAGGAUGCCUCUUUAGACAUGCAGCUGUCUGCCAUGGCGGCCGUCUCCCUCGGUCUCAUUUUCGUUGGAUCAUCUAACCAUCAGGUCAGCGAGGCCAUUGCCACAACGCUUAUGGACGAGGAGCGCCAAAAGCAGCUUAAGGACAAGUGGACAAGGUUCAUGGCCCUUGGAUUGGCUCUUCUUUACUUUGGUCGUCAGGAGGAAGUUGAUGUCAUCCUUGACAUCCUCAAGGCCGUUGACCAUCCCAUGGCCAAGCCUACCUCCGUUCUCGCAUCAGUGUGUGCAUGGGCCGGUACCGGAACGGUAUUGAAGUUGCAGGAACUUUUGCACAUCUGUAACGAUAUUAUCGAGGAGAAAGAAGAGAACAAGGGCGACGAGCUUGUUCAGUCUUAUGCUGUUUUGGGUCUUUCCCUGAUCGCAAUGGGCGAAGACGUUGGUCAAGACAUGAUUCUGCGACAAUUUGGGCACCUUAUGCACUAUGGAUCCAGCAACAUCCGCCGUGCUGUUCCCCUUGCCAUGGGUCUUAUCAGUCCCAGCAACCCGCAGAUGAAGGUUUACGACACUUUGUCACGAUACAGUCACGAUAACGACAAUGACGUGGCCAUCAACGCAAUCUUCGCCAUGGGCCUCUGUGGUGCGGGUACGAACAAUGCUCGUCUGGCUCAGCUUCUUCGCCAACUUGCAAGUUACUACCACCGCGACCAGAACUCUCUAUUCAUGGUGCGCAUUGCUCAGGGUCUCCUGCACAUGGGUAAGGGUACCAUGACGCUCAACCCCUUCCACACGGACCGACAGGUCCUCUCACGAGUGUCAGCUGCCGGUCUUCUGACCGUGCUCGUGUCUCUCAUCGAUGCCAAGCAGUUCAUCUUGGCCGAACACCACUACCUCCUUUACUUCCUCAUUACCGCCAUGUACCCUCGCUUCCUUGUGACGCUAGAUGAAGAUCUGCAACCUGUCACUGUAAACGUUCGUGUGGGUCAAGCUGUCGACGUUGUGGGUCAGGCUGGUCGUCCCAAGACGAUUACCGGUUGGCAGACGCAGAGUACGCCAGUUCUUCUCUCGUAUGGCGAGCGAGCCGAGCUGGAGGACGAGCAGUACCUUCCUCUCAGCAGCACCCUUGAAGGAUUGGUUAUUCUCCGCAAAAAUCCGGAUUGGGUCGCGCCCGAAUAA